AUGGUCGCAAUCGCUAAUAAGGCGCUCGGCGCCGGAGACAUUAAUGUCCCCCAGUUCGAGCGCGUCAACUGGCGCAAGGAGCCGCACUUGAGGAAGAUGUAUAUCAUGACGGUAUUCCUCCUCGUCGCAUCGGCCACCACCGGAUAUGACGGCAUGUUAUCCAACACUGCGCAGCAAAUGGAUCUGUUUAAGAAGUACUUCUCUGUCGAGAAUGGUGAGGCCAACGAGGUCUUUAUCUGGAAUCCCGAGAAGGGGGAGUGGGGAGCCGAUGCUAACAAGCUCGGUAUCAUGAUCAACAUGUUCAAUAUCGGCUCCAUCACCUCCUUCUUUAUAACCCCUUACCUCGCUGAUUUCUUCGGUCGAAAGCCCACUAUCAUGCUCGGCUGUGUUAUCAUGGUUGUCGGUGGUAUCGUCUCUGCGGUCUGCAAUAGUUAUGGAAUGUGGAUGGCCGGAAGAUUUAUUCUCGGCUUCGGCAACUCGUUCUCUCAGAUGUGCUCGCCACUCCUCCUUACCGAAAUCUGCCAUCCUCAGCACCGUGGCCCUCUCACUGCUGUUUAUAACUGCCUCUGGAAUUUAGGUGCACUUAUUGUCUCUCUCGUCGGUUGGGGAACGUCGAAGAUUAAUAAUGAUUGGUGUUGGCGGUCCAUCACACUCAUACAGAUUGUUCCCUCACUCUUCCAGCUUUGCGGUCUUUGGUGGAUUCCUGAAUCGCCACGUUUCCUCAUUAGCAAGGAUAAGGCUGACAAGGCCCUCGAGGUCCUUGUCAAGCAUCACGGUGGUGGCGAUGUUAAUAACCCAACGGUCCAGUUUGAGUACCGCGAGAUUCGGGAGACCAUUACCAUGGAGACCCAGGUGAACCGAACCACCAACUAUGUUGACUUCCUUAAGACUAAGGGCAACCGCUGGCGAUUAGCUAUUAUCAUCUCUCUUGGUGUUAUAUCACAGUAUUCAGGUAACGCUCUUGUCUCCAACUAUAUUAACUAUCUCUACGAAGGCGCUGGUAUCCGUGGUGAGAACAAGAAGCUGGGUCUCACGGCUGGCAAAACUAUCCUGGAUCUACUUGUUGCUGUGGCUGCUGCCCUGACUGUUAAUAAGAUAGGCCGCCGACCGCUCUUUCUUACUGCGAUUAGUGGCAUCGUUGUCUCAUUUGCUUGCUGGACUCUCUCUAGUGCUAUAUACGAGAACUCGGAUGAGUCCAACAGGCUAGCCGGAAACGCUCAGAUUGUAUUCAUGUGGUUGUUUGGUAUCUUUUAUGAUAUUGGGUUCUCUGGUCUCCUAGUCGCCUACGCACUCGAGGUCCUUCCUUUUGCUCUCCGCGCCAAGGGUAUGGUGAUCGUCAACAUCACCACCCAGGCCAUCCUCGCACUAGGAAACCAAACUAACCUCCUCGCCUGGGACAACCUCCCCAACCACUGGAAUUUCUUGCUGUUCUACACGCUCUGGGACUGCUGCGAGUUUGUCUUUGUGUGGUUCUUCUACGUUGAGACGAACGGCCCUACCCUCGAGGAGAUUUCCCGCAUCUUCGAUGGCAAUGAUGCCGUUGUCCAUAUUGACCUCGAUCAGGUUGAGAAGGAGAUCCGGGCUACUCAGCAUAACGAAGAUAUCAAUUCCUCUGUUCCCAGCAACGACAAAUCUGCCGUCUAA